GCACUUCAUAAAUUGUUCGUGACGACAGGCGAUUUCAAAGACACGGCAAAUUGUCGUGUGCUUUUCUGGCCGAGAAUAUUAUUUCAUACCAGUUGUUUAAUUAAUUUAGGUAAUUGAAGAAUGUCUGGAAUCGUUGUGGACAAAGACGCCUUUUUUAGGCGAAUGAAAACGCUGUAUGAUGCGUGGAAAAAUCCGUCUGAUCAUAAUGGGCUGAGUAGAGUGGAUGCUAUUUACACGGCAGUCGGUUUGGAUGAGGAUGUGGUGUAUGCCAAGUCAACAGCUCUUCAGACUUGGUUGUUCGGCUACGAGCUGACGGACACAGUCACCGUUCUCUGUGAGAGCCAAAUAUAUUUCUUGGCGAGCAAGAAAAAGGUUGAGUUCCUUCGCCAGAUAGCGGACUCCGAAAAAGAGAACCAGAACGGAGUACCAUCCAUUACCCUGUUAACCAGGGACAAGAGUGAUGGGAACCAGGCCAACUUCAAGACCCUAACUAGCGCCAUCAAAAAUAGCAAAGAGGGGAAGCGUGUGGGUACCUUCCUAAAGGAUAAGUUUCCGGGUGACUUCAUGAAUGGAUGGAGGGAGGCCGUUGGUGCUGCAGAUGCUGAACAGGUGGAUAUCAGCAGUGCCGUCGCCCAGCUGAUGGCUGUCAAGGAAGAGAAGGAGCUCUCCUUGAUGAAACGAGCCGCACAAAUCACUUGUGACGUCUUCAAUAAGAAAGUCAAGGAGGACAUCAUGGAGAUUGUAGAUGCAGACAAGAAAGUGCGUCAUAUCAAGCUUGCCGACAGCAUAGAGGCUGCCCUCGAGGACAAAAAGAUGUUGGGCAAUACUGACCCGUCCCAGGUAGAGGGCUGCUAUCCGCCCAUCAUACAGAGUGGCGGAAACUACAACCUCAAAUUCAGCGUUGUCAGUGACGAGAACAAGCUCCAUUUUGGCUCCAUCACCUGCUCUCUCGGUGUGCGGUAUAAAUCCUACUGCUCCAAUGUGGUGCGGACCCUCCUCGUGGAUCCCACCAAGGAACAACAGGAGAACUACAACUUCCUGCUCAGCGUGGAGGAGAAGGUCAUCAGUCACCUUAAGCAUGGUACCAAACUCUGUGAUGCGUACAAUGCAGCCGUGUCGAUGGUCAAGAAAGACAAGCCAAACCUUCUUUCACAUAUGACCAAAAAUGCUGGGUUUUUGAUGGGGAUUGAAUUUCGUGAGGGCAGUAUGUUGCUGAAUAGUAAGACGGAAUGCAAAGCCAAAAAGGGAAUGGUCUUCAACGUCAACGUCGGCUUCUCCAACCUAGAAAACAAAGACGCCAAGGACAACCCCGGCAAGAAAUACGCAUUAUUCAUUGGGGACACUGUUCUUGUUAACGAGGAUGGUCCAGCGACUCUCUUGACGCCAAUGAAGAAGAGAAUAAAGCACAUUGGUAUCUUUCUCAGGGGUGAUGACGAGGAGGAAGAGGUCGAUGAAGAAGUUUCGAAGAAGAAACAAGAGGAGCUUCUUGGGAGGGGCAUGAGGAGGGCGGUGCUCGACAGUAAACUCAGGACGGACAUGACAGCGGAGGAGAAGAGGAAGGAGAGACAGCGAGAGUUGAGAGAAGAAAUGAAUCGAGAAGCUCUGGAGCGAUUAAAACAAGCCAAGGAGAAGACCUCCAAAACAAAAACGAGGAAAUCGAAUGCGUCUUACAAACAUGUAUCCCAGAUGCCCCGUGAUCCAGACGUUCAACGGUUGCGCCUCUACGUCGACAAGAAAUACGAAACGGUCAUCCUACCAGUGUUUGGACAUGCCACACCAUUCCAUAUAUCUACUAUUAAGAACAUCAGUCAGAGCGUUGAGGGUGACUACACCUACUUGAGAAUAAACUUCUUUCAUCCUGGCAGCGCUUUAGGAAAGUCCGAUGGAAACAUGUUCACCAACCCAGAAGCCAACUACUUGAAAGAGUUGACGUACCGGAGUUCAAACAACAAGGGACCAGGGGAGAGCUCCGCCCCCUCCAGUAACCUCAACAUGGCUUUCAGAAUGAUCAAAGAUGUCCAGAAGAAAUUCAAGACGCGAGAGGCUGAGGAGAGAGAAAAAGAGGGUAUUGUGAAGCAAGACAAACUGGUGAUCAACCCAACCAGAGGAAAUCCCAAACUAAAGGACCUCUACAUCCGACCAAAUAUUGUGCAGAAGAGAAUACAGGGUUCCCUCGAAGCACACGCAAAUGGUUUCCGGUAUACCUCUGUACGUGGUGAUAAAGUUGACAUCCUUUAUAACAAUAUCAAACAUGCUAUUUUCCAACCGUGUGAUGGAGAGAUGGUAAUCGUUCUGCACUUCCACCUUAAGAACGCCAUCCUGUUCUCCAAUAAAAGGCACAAUGAUAUUCAGUUCUACACUGAGGUGGGAGAAAUAACGACAGAUCUCCUGAAACAUCACAACAUCCACGACAGAGACGACAUCGCCAGUGAACAGGCUGAGCGUGAGUUGAGACACAAACUCAAAGCUGCCUUCAAGAGUUUUAUCGAGAAGGUGGAGAGCAUGACGAAGGGAGACAUCGAGUUUGAGGUGCCGUUCCGCGAUCUUGGUUUCCCCGGUGUCCCCCAUCGGAGUACCGUCCAGCUCCUCCCAACCAGUAGCUGCCUCGUCACAGUCACAGAAUGGCCUCCUUUCGUGAUCUCAUUGGAGGAGGUUCAGCUGGUGCACUUUGAGCGUGUUCAGUUCCACAUCAAGAACUUUGAUAUGGUGUUCAUCUUCAAGGACUACACACGCAAAGUGUCAAUGGUCAACGCUGUCCCCAUGAACCUACUGGACAACGUUAAAGACUGGCUCAACUCUUGCGAUAUCAAGUACACAGAAGGAGUUCAGUCCCUGAACUGGAGUAAGAUCAUGAAGACCAUCCUCGACGACCCCGAGGGAUUCUUUGAGAACGGUGGCUGGAGUUUUCUGGAACCCGACAGCGAGGGUGAGAAUGACGAUGAAGACUCGUCAGACGAGGAAGCUUACGAACCCUCGGGCUCCGAGGAGGAAGUGGGAAGCAACGACUCGGACGACAGCGAUGACUACUCAGAAGAGUCUGAAGAAUCGGAGAGCGACUACUCGGUGGAAGAGAAUCUUGGUAGCAGUGACGAGAGCGGCAAGGAUUGGGAUCAGCUGGAGAAGGAAGCCGAGAGCGCUGACAAGAGGAGAGACUGGAACGAAGAAGUCGAAGAAGAGACACUCAGCCGAAAGAGGAAGCGCAAAGAGCCGCCGAGCUCAGCUAACAGAAAGAGAAGACGCUGAGUCCAAAAGGGGGUCCACUGAGGAAACAAUUUCCUUCACAAUCUCUUCACCCUCAAAAAACAGACUAAAAGGACACUUCCGCAAAAAUGUUUUUUACAAGGGAUGGAUAAAUUGUAUAAAAAAAGACAUGGCAGACAUACUCUGAUAGAGGGCAGUAGACAAAGGUCACAUGGUCUUAAAGGGCCUAUGUACUUUUUCCUAACAAAAAACACAAUGUCCACAGAUUAACACUAAA